CACACGCCCCGUAGUUCUGUAUUGUGUUGCUCUCCGUGGAUGAGCCGGUUGCAGCGUGUGUGUGUGUGUGUGUGAGUGAGUGUGUGUAGCGUGGAGCGUGUGUGUGUGUAAACGUGAGUGAGUGUGUGAGUGGAUGCAUGGUAAACAGCGUGAGGAAUAAUGAUGGAGGAACCGUGUGGAGGAGUUCUGUCCGUUAAAUCCACUAAAACAUAAAAAGCGCUCGUUUACUCUCCAGCUGCGGCUCUGCGCGGAACCACGAGGUCCCGACCGGUCCGGUACAGUCGGUCUGAUCGAGUCCAGUUGAUCUGACCGGGUCCAGUUGGUCUGACCGGGUACAGUCGGUCUGAUCGAGUCCAGUUGAUCUGACCGGGUCCAGCUGAUCUGAUCCGCUACAGUCGGUCUGAUCGGGUACAGUCGGGCUGACCGGGUCCAGCUGAUCUGACCGGGUACAGUUCAGUCGGUCUGAUCGGGAACAGUCGGUCCGAUCCGGUAGAGUCGGGCUGACCGGGUCCAGCUGAUCUGAUCGGUUACAGUCGGUCUGAUCGGGAACAGUCGGUCUGAUCGGGAACAGUUGAUCUGAUCCGGUACAGUCGGUCUGAUCGGGAACAGUUGAUCUGAUCCGGUACAGUCGGUCUGAUCGGGAACAGUCGGUCUGAUCCGGUAGAGUCGGGCUGACCGGGUCCAGCUGAUCUGAUCGGUUACAGUCGGUCUGAUCGGGAACAGUCCCGAUCGGGAACAGUUGAUCUGAUCGGGAACAGUUGAUCUGAUCCGGUACAGUCGGGCUGACGGGGUACAGCUGAUCUGACCUGGUACAGUUCAGUCGGUCUGAUCGGGUCCAGUUGGUUACAGUCGGUGGAAUGCUGUCGGUACUGUCGUACAGUCGGAUCGUAGCUCGAGCGGUGCUGGGCGGACUGUCUCAGACCGAUAACCGCGAUUAUAAACUCAUCACCGCGACCUGCGGAUUCGGGAAGGAUUUCCGUAAAGGAAUACUGAAGAAAGGGACGAGCUACGGGGACGAUGCGUGUUUCACCGCCAGACACCGAACCGCCGACGUUCUCGGUGUGGCGGACGGAGUGGGCGGAUGGCGAGAUUACGGCGUCGACCCGUCCCAGUUUUCGGAGACCCUGAUGAGGACGUGCGAGUGGCUGGUGAAGGAGGGGCGCUUCACCCCCAGCAACCCGGUGGGCAUCCUCACCUCGGCUUACUACGAGCUGCUGCAGAACAAAGUUCCUCUGCUGGGCAGCAGUACGGCGUGUAUCGUGGUGCUGGACCGGACGAAGCAUCAGAUACACACCUGUAACCUUGGCGACUCGGGGUUCCUGGUGGUCCGGGGAGGAGAGGUGGUCCAUCGGUCUGACGAGCAGCAGCACUACUUCAACACGCCCUUCCAGCUGUCCAUCGUCCCCGCGGAGGCCGAGGGGGCGGUGCUGAGCGACAGCCCCGAGAUGGCGGACAGGUCGUCGUUCGACGUCCAGCUGGGGGACAUCAUCCUCACGGCCACGGACGGGCUGUUCGACAACAUGCCCGACUACAUGAUCCUGCAGGAGCUCAAGAAGCUCAAGAACGCGAACUACGACAGCGUCCAGCAGACGGCGCGCAGCAUAGCCGAGCAGGCGCACGAGCUCGCCUACGACCCCAACUACAUGUCGCCCUUCGCCCAGUUCGCCUGCGACAACGGCCUGAACGUCAGAGGAGGUAAACCCGACGACAUCACGGUGCUGCUCUCCAUCGUGGCCGAGUACACGGACUGACCGUGACCUUCGCUGCCCUCGGACGGUCACGUACGGCCGCCGCCUAACCCGUCUGACAUUCUGUUCUGGUCCCGAGCGCUCGUGCAGGGAGGGUUGGAACGGGUGCCGCGGCGGGGGCGGACGCGCUGAUCCUACAGGAGGUUGUUAGUGCGCGUUCCUCGAGGAAGCACAGGAUGAUACCUCCGCCGUGCGCACAUUUCAGACUUCAGAGCUGUACGUUACCUAAGGUGCUUCUAA